UUGUUGUUCUCAUACUCCAAUUCCGAACAAACAAUCUCAUUACAGUUGCCCAACAUGAAGGACCUCACUAUUGACAACAUCACGGAGAAUGUGCAUUUUAUCAAUGCCCAAUGUUCUGACCGACGACUAAAGUUUGUAGUCGAAAGGCUGGUCUCACACGCCCAUGACCUUGUUCGUGAGACGCGGCUCAGCACAGAGGAGUGGAUGGCAGCCAUUCAAUUCCUGACAGAGGUUGGCCAGACAUGCACAGAGACUCGACAGGAAUUUAUUCUGCUCUCAGACAUUCUGGGGAUCUCCCUGCUUGUAGAUGCAAUUGAUCAUCCCAAACCACCAGGCGCAUCUGAGGGAACUGUUCUCGGCCCAUUCCACACACAUGAGGCGCAGAAUAUUGAGCACGGUGGAGGAAUUGCAAGCGACCCAGAGGGAGAACCACUGCUUGUCCUGUGCACAGUCCGUGACUCAGCAGGAAAGGCCCUGGAAGAUGUCAAGAUCGACGUGUGGGAAACCGACUCCAAGGGCUUCUACGAUGUGCAGUAUGCCAACCACGACGGCCCCGAUGGCCGCGCUAUUUUGACGAGCGACAAGGACGGCAUAUUUUGGUUCAAAGCCAUCGUGCCAGUGCCUUACCCGAUCCCCAGUGAUGGGCCGGUGGGAAAAUUACUUGCUAAGCUCGGUCGGCAUUGCUAUCGACCGAGUCACAUGCACUUUAUGUUUAGCCACCCAAUCUACGAUCCUCUCAUCACCGCGCUCUAUCUGAAGAAUGAUCCUUAUGAAACUUCGGAUGCUGUGUUUGGUGUCAAGAACACUCUCGUGGUGGAAUUGGGACGAGUUGAAGAUGAGGCAAUCGCUUCCAAGUACGGUGUCAAAGUUGGAAGUGCUCUCAUGAAGUACGAUUUUGUGCUGGUCACGAAAGAAGAAGCACUGAAUCUGCGUUACCAGAAUGCAGCAGCAGCGAUGAAGGCCCAGGGAAAGAAAAUGGACUACCUCAACGGUCUACCUGUACCCGAAGUUGAUUGA